AUGAAAAUUUGGAAAUUCGCCACAUUGAACUUUUCCGGUCGUCGAUCCUUCGAGAGUACAGCAUUCAAUCUAGAGAUUUGGGACCAGAGAAGAAAGCUCAUCCACGAUGAUUCCCGCGAGCAAGCAUCCCACCUAAGACUGCUGGUCGAAGGAGGGGCGGCGGCGAUGAUUGGCUUGACGCCGGAAAAUGAAAAUUUGAAAUUCUCCACAUCGAACUUUCCCGGUCGUCGAUCCUUCGAGAGUACAACAUUCAAUCUUGAGAUUGGAGCGAGGGCGUUUGUGCGGAUUUUAGUGGAAUUGACCUUAGGCUGGAGGUGUGAGCUGGCAAAGGCUAGAUGA